AUGUAUAACAUGAUGGAAACCGACAUCAAGACCCCGCUCCCGCAGUCCAACUCGGGCUCGGCGCAGGGCGCAAAGAACAGCGUCAGCGACCAGGAGCGCGUCAAACGGCCGAUGAACGCCUUCAUGGUCUGGUCCCGGGGGCAAAGACGGAAGAUGGCACAGGAGAACCCCAAAAUGCACAACUCUGAAAUCAGCAAGCGACUCGGCGCUGACUGGAAACUCCUGACCGACGCCGAGAAGAGGCCGUUCAUCGACGAGGCCAAGCGUCUGCGGGCCAUGCACAUGAAGGAGCACCCGGAUUAUAAAUACCGUCCCCGCAGGAAGACCAAGACCCUGCUGAAAAAAGACAAGUACUCUUUGCCCGGGGGGCUGCUGGCGCCGGGAUCCAACGCCGUCAACAACUCGGUGUCCGUUGGCCAGCGGAUGGACGGUUACGCGCACAUGAACGGCUGGACCAACAGCGCCUACUCCCUGAUGCAGGACCAGCUGGCCUACCCUCAGCACCACAGCAUGAACAGCCCGCAGAUCCAGCAGAUGCACCGGUACGAGAUGGCGGGCCUGCAGUACCCGAUGAUGUCGACCGCGCAGACCUACAUGAACGCGGCGGCGUCCACCUACAGCAUGUCCCCGGCCUACACGCAGCAGAGCCCCGGCGCCAUGGGGCUCAGCUCCAUGGCGUCCGUGUGCAAGACCGAGCCCAGCUCGCCGCCGCCCGCCAUCACGUCCCACUCCCAGCGGGCGUGCUUGGGGGACCUGAGGGACAUGAUCAGCAUGUACCUGCCCCCCGGCGGGGACAGCGCGGAGCAUUCCUCCCUGCAGAGCAGCCGGUUACACAGCGUCCAUCCGCACUACCAGAGCGCAGGGACGGGCGUCAACGGCACGCUACCUCUCACCCACAUCUGA